UCGUCGUCGUCGUGAAUUUGGGUUCAGCGGAACUAACAACGAGCCACGAUGGAAUGGGGCGAUUCGGGAUCGGAGGGGCAACAAUCAUCAUCGUCGUCGUCCCCGCCUGGCGCUUCAUUCUUCGUGAGAUGAACCCUCCGAGCUGCAGUGAGCUGCUGCCACAACGCGCCUUCCUUGCUGCCGCUGCUCCCAUCGGAAUUGGGAGUCCUCCUGUAGGAACUGGGAGCUGCGCUGAGUUGGUCGCCGCUAAGGCGCGCGCCUGUGUCAGUGUGCGGUCUGCUGCUUAGGCUAGGGACGGGGUAGGAAUUCGGGGGAAGUAGAUUAGCCAGAGCCGUAUACCCGCGGAACCUCUAGAAGUGUUCCCGACACGCGGCACUGAAGGGGUUUAGUCGCCCCCAUAACGGGUUGUGAUUGAGAUGCGACGACUGCGUUAGCGUUUGGCUGAUGCGCUUGAUUUUGAGGUCGUUUUGAGCUCGAAGCUGUCGGUUCCGUCUUCAUUCCUUGGGUGGAGUAAAUACGGCACACACUCUCUCUCUCUCUCGCUAUCCAGGUCGCUCUCCUUUACUCUCUUGCGCGCGUGGUGACUUUUUUUCUCUAGGGGUGGGAAUUUGGGUUGUAAGGGAUAAUUCGUUGAAGCUCUUAGCAGCUGUUGCGCUGGAGGAAGUUGUAGGACAUGUGCUGUCGCUGCUCCGGCGAACUCUUGAGCGUUCGAGCGCUUCAUGUGUAAGAAUCAACGUCUGCAGGAGAGAAUGGGAACGUGGCUGUCGUUGACAAUGGAAUUUGCUCUUGCCACAUGACAGGCGCGUGCUUUAGCCUGAAAGAUUGCGUCCUGAUGCUGCAGCGUCUUCUCCCAAGAGUUCACUUUAUAAGCGAUUGGUGUUCUUUGAGUAUUGCGCAAAUAAAAAGACUUGGGUAAUUGUCUGUAUGUUGCUAGGUGUGAUUCUCCAUCUUCUCCCUCCUCAGUCCAGUGCAGCGUGGGGAAUCCAGCUCUCGAGGUUGUUUCUUCCUCACCACAUUCUACUUCAUAAACUUUCUCGACUUAUUUUGUGUCGUGUUCCUCAAACUAGGAAGAUAACAAUUUGUAAUUCCUUAGUCAAUUUCGGGCCUCGCCGCAGCUUUUUCUCCUCUUUGUAUUGUUGUGCGUGCACGGGAAUCGUGUGCAACAGAUUUGGUUCGUAUACAAUCCCUCCUUGUUUUGAGAGGGAAAUCAGCAGGUCCUCAGACAAGAGAUUACCACUUAUUAUCCUUAGACAUUCGCUUCAUGAAUUCACAUUCUUUAGGGUCUUAAUCAUGUUUGCAGAGAGACGAACUCUAGUUCUCAGCUGAAAUUGGUCAUUCGCCUUCGUUCGCAAAGGCCGCAUUAGUGCGGCGGUGUUUACGAGCCUGUAUGCGGCGUUGACCUUGGGAUAGCUCAGUGGGAUUUACGAUUUUGGGGUUCGGCGAGACGAAGAAGCGCAGUCCAAGGACUUCCGUGAGAAACAUACUAUCGCUUAGAGAGUGAGGGUGAUUUUUCGACAUUUGUUUAGCACACGAAGUCCCAUGCCGAGUAGGCUGAUCACGUACACAGGAGCUAUGGCUGCGCCGAUGGAUGUAUCGGAUCCAGAAGGGGGAAGAGGGAAGAGUGGUUCAGCGCUCUCGGUCAGUCGAUCAUCGACCAAGAUAAAUAAGAAUUUGCGUCGAGCUGUGACGCAGCCGCGGCCUGCACCGCAAGUGUACAAGACAGAACCCGCCGAGUUCCGCUCUCUUGUGCAGCAGCUGACGGGGACGUCAUCUCCAGAACCCAGCACAAUACUGACUCCAAAACCACUGAACCCGAGGCUUCAGAACCUCGCACCCCCGCCAUUGCGACCAGUGUUCUCGUAUCCUACCGGACAUCAGCAGUCUUCUCAACAUCAAAAUCUAAGUGAAUUCAAUCCUGGACCAAGGAUUGGAAGGUUUAACUCAAUGCCGCCAUCCUUCACCAAUCCAAACCAGGCCGCCUACCACAGACCACCCAACUUCCCAGUUCCCCCCUUGUCUUUCUCACCUCUCCCUGUGCUCACCCCGCGCGAUCAAAUCUGGGCCAACAUUUUGAAUCCUGUGGAGAGCCCCGGGAGUGCGGCACUGCGGCACUUGGGGCAGAGCAUGACGGGAGGAGGGAGCGGAGGGGAUGCUGCGAGGGACGAGAUGAAUAGUAUGUCAACGAUGGUGCAGCCUCACAACGCAAACCACCUCCCUAACGCUAACCUCUCCUCAGAGCUAUCAAGGUUUGGUGGUCCUUCGCCGCUUAAAUUCCUUUCUCCGUUCAGUCUUUCCAGCCCCGGGUUGGUAUCGGGAUAUGGCCUUGGAAGCAUGUUUGGAUUCGGUGGCCAGUUCUCACCCAGCGCUGCUGCUUUGGAUGAUCCCUUCGAUUACCCGGACUCGGAUCUUCCCAGGUCCACCUACUCUUGAGCUUUCACGGUGUUGAGCCCCAGUCUCACAUUCCCGCCCGACGGUGCAUCACUUUGAUCAGAAUUGCCACCAGAAUUGUGAUGCAAUCUUCGAGGUUUUAUUUUUUUCUUGUUUCUGCUUCUUCUUCUACUUUCCCAUUCCUAUUGUAGAGCUUGGUACAGGUUGUGCGCUCUACUAUGGCCAUGGAAUCAGGUCAUGCUCCUUAUUGAAGAAAUUCAUACAAAAUGUCAUGGAAUGCAAUGGCAUUCGAGCGUGUGCAAUGGUUCUUUCGAGAGAUCUAAUUCACGGGGAGGAUCAUCUGCGACGCACGGGCGGUACUCUUUACUGUGGGAAUCCCCAUCGACUGCCACAACUCGUCGCAGCGUCGUCAACAGCGUCUCUCUUCUUCUUCUUGUACCCCAAGAGCAAUGCGUUAGAAUUUGGGUAGAGGUUUAUGCCCUACCCACUGCGUGACGAUGGGUAAUGAAUGAGCUUUUAAUAGAUUUCAGGCCGCGUUGGAUUCAAACAGGUUCACCAGAUGAUCGGCCCCCUUAUUCCGAUACACGUCUAGAAGCGGAAGCGGAUUGGGGACGAACGCCAUAUCCGGCAGCCUCCCAUCCUCUGUACAUAACCCACAGGCGAUUGAUGAGAGCUCCAUUCUUGGCGUGAGCCUGACUGUGCCGGCCUUUCUCCCAAGGCUCCGCACACUGUAUACAAAAUCGACAAAAUAAAAAUAAAUAAAAAAACAAAAAAUAUACUGUCAAUCUUAA